UUGCUCAUAUUUUUCGUCAUAUCCUUAUAUGAAAGAAGGAUGCCACAAAAUGAUCUAGUAAUCCUUCACUUCAAUGAUGUAUAUAACCUUGAACCUCAGAAAGAUGAGCCUGUGGGUGGGGCUGCUAGAUUUGUUGGCUGUGUCAAAUCCUACCAGUCACUGAACCCCCUGGUCCUGUUUAGUGGGGAUGUACUGAAUCCUUCAUUGUUGAGCAUAUUCUUAAAAGGUGAACAGAUGAUACCAAUCCUAAAUGCAGUAGGCACACAUGCUGCAGUGUUUGGAAAUCAUGACUUUGAUUUUGGAGUUGAUCAUUUGUGUGAGAUGACAGAGAAGACCAAGUUUCCAUGGUUACUCAGUAAUGUUACAGACAACUUGACCAAAAAAUCAUUGGCAGAUGGACAGGAGUCAUGUGUUAUUGAAUGGAAUGGGUAUAAGGUAGGAGUGAUUGGCUUAGUGGAAGAGGAGUGGAUUGAUACUCUAGCAACAUUGGACCCAGAAGAUGUUACAUAUAUAGAUUUUGUUUCUAAAGGGAAAGAACUCUGCAAGGAUUUAAAGCAAAAGGGAGUUGAUUUAAUUGUCGCCUUGACUCACAUGCGAUGGCCAAAUGACCGGCACCUUGCAGAACAAGUACCAGAUAUUGACAUCAUACUUGCAGGUCAUGAUCAUGACUACGGUCUAGAGAUAGUUAAUGACAUCAACAUUGUGAAAAGUGGAACUGAUUUCCGUAACCUUAGUAAGAUCACCAUUAAGAGGAAUGGACUUCGCCUUCAUGUGGACAUUGAGAAGGUGGACGUCACGUCUAAUAUCACAGAGGAUCCAGAAACCUUGGAAAUUGUCAAACAUAUGCAAGGUGACAUUAACAGUAAAAUGGAAGAAGUAUUGGGAUAUAUGAAUGUGGAACUUGAUGGCAGAUUCUCUGCUAUAAGAUCAAGGGAAACAAAUCUAGGAAACUUUGUGACAGACAUUAUGUUGGAGAUUUCUCAAGCUGACUGUGCUAUUCUAAAUUCUGGGACAUUCCGAUCAGACAGGAUCCACCCUAAAGGCCGCUUCAAACUCCGCGAUUUACUCACCAUACUCCCCCUGGUGGAUGAGCUGGUAGUCAUUGAAGUCACUGGAAAACAGUUAAUAGAAGCAUUAGAAAAUGGUGUGUCAGCAUACCCCAAAUUGGAAGGUCGGUUCCCUCAAGUGGCAGGCAUUACCUUUGGAUUUAAUCCCAGCAAGCCUAAAGGACAGAGAGUAGAUCCAGAGCUGGUCAAAGUACAAGGGCAAUUUAUCGAUCUAAAAAAAAAAUACAAACUCUGCACUAAGGAGUACCUUUCAGAGGGCAAGGAUGGAUAUGAUGUCUUCAAGAAUUGCCCAGUGUUGGUAACCUCGGAGCAGUGUUGUUCACUAAGUACAGGAGUGAGAAACCAUUUUGAAUCCAUUCAGAUCAUGAAAGGUGUCAAGGAAUGCAAGUCUGGUCAUAGACAAAGUCUAGUGGGGCUAGUUAGGAAGAGAGGGCUGGUGCAGAAGUUUAUUUCUAACCUCAGAAAACGGAGCAUGGCCCGCAAACUGGACCAAGCAGCCACCAUAUCCAAACUGGAGCGUCGCCUGAGUCGUCAAAAGAGCGUCUAUAACGAGGAAGAGGAACAAUGUCAUCUUUCCCCUGAGGUUGAGGGACGUAUAAUUCUAUUGGACGAUCAGGUGAAGCCCUGUAGUGAGAGUGAUGAAAAGACAAGUGUUGAAAAUGUUGAAAACAUAAGAGUUGAAAAGAUAAGAGUUGAAAAUACAGAGGGGGGAAUCUUGAGAUUCUGGAAAAAUAAGGGGUUGAUAUUUGGAUUGUCACUGAUGUCAUUGGGACUGAUAUGGUUUUUAAAAAAGAAAAUAAACAAAUAGUGAUAAAUGUUGUGAUAUAGAAUUUUGAAGUACUGGUACAUAUGCUAGGUUGUAACAAUUUUACAUAGUAUACCAAUUGUAUAUGGAUAUUUUUGCUUUCUGAGUGUAUAUUGCAGGUCAGCUACAUUAUAUCAAAUGUUAGAUACAAACAGAAAUGUUGGAACAAAAGAUGCAGGCUUUGACACUUUGUAAGGAAGUGGACUUAGAGGAGGAAGGCGAUACUGUUAUAGCUAACCACUCUUUAUUGAUGUAGAUCAAAAAUAAGUUCUGUAAUAUUAGUUACCAGUACCUGAUUUAUAAGAUAGAUUUAUUAGAAAGGCAUGUGUAUAUUUUUUAUGAUUUUUUAUUUACAUUUUAUUUAUGUACUUUUCUUUAAAUACAUAUAUAUAAGAGUUU